AUCCUCGACGCGGGACGCUCCGGCGGUCCGCAUGAGUCACGAACGUGGCUUUCGCCGGUUGCUCGUUGCGCGCAGUUGAUCGCAGCUUGUACACUAGCUCUCUCGUCGGUGCAUUUCGUCUGGUUAAUACGUACGAUGCAGUCGGCGUGCACGACGGCACUCGUCCCAUUCGACCGGAUGGACAUGGAGGAGAGCGAAGCGCGUUUCGGUGCAGGCUGACGCGGCUCGCUCGAUCGCGUCCUUCGAUAGUUUCCUAGUUUCGAAACGCGACGAGUAUCGCCGCGAUCUCGCCGCGCUCCGGAGACUUUGUUCGUUGUCGACGGGGCAAGAAGAGUGAAAAAGAGAGUGCACGAGUGCGAGUGCUCGGACGCGGAAAGCCGGUGAACGCGACCGGAAGAGCGCGUGUUUGCCUCGGAUCGGGUAACGAACGCGAGUGAACGCCGUUCUAUACUCCAUCGUAAACGCUUGUUCUCAUUCGGAAAAACGCAUGUGCGAUGCGAAAAUCAAACAACAGUGAGUGAAACGAGAGAAAAAUAAAAUGGACGGAAAGGAAGAUAGACAUUAACGGUUUAUGUAACUUGCGUGUAACUGCACAGUUACGGAGAACGGUGUAUGCUGAAAUCGAGCCGACAACCAGCCCGUCGACUUUGAUCCGCUCGUUCGACGAGUCCAUGUUGAAGGAUCACGUGGGUCCGUUUAAAAGUUUGCCAAGAGUCCGGACAGGAGGACGCGAGGAGGAAAGGCUGGUCGCGUAUCGAGCGGAAGACGAGAGGUUCUUUCUUCUUGACUGGUGGGUGAAAAAGCUGGCCAAAAGCGUGACCGAGUGAAUUCUGCGCCAUGGACGAUCGGGAUAAUUUGUUCUGUCGGUCGCAUCCGAACAGAGGCUCUAUUCGAGGGCAAAGUGGUCGCAAGAACGUCGCAACGAGCGUUGUUGCGAUGACGGACAAUCAGCGUCGUGCGAUGCCUCGACGGAGCAAGGAAACGAGUGAUAAUUCAGCCGCGAGUGGAAGACUCGCCGCACCUCUCACGGCGUUCGAUAACCUGAAGCAAUGGGAACUGGUAGAGGAUGAUCGCGGUCUGCAAGUGGUGGAGAAGAAAAACUCUGCCAAUCCUGUCCCCAGGAACGUCGAACGUUCCUCGAACUCCGCCGAGAUUCGAACUCCGCCUCUCGCCGCGAGAAAGACGCUUCCGGCGAGCCCCACGAUGGACCCGAAUAUCGGGGAAAAACUGAUGGCCUUCAGAGCCUCGAAGAUCAUUCAGCCGAUCGCGGUGCCUCGAGAUAGUCUGAAUUUGAUCUUGAAACAACCGAAGGGCUCCGCCACGGGAAGCACCGACAUGCUUCAACGUUUGGAGCAGCAGGUCAAGGCCAUCGAAAUGGACACACUCGCGGCCAGAACGCGUCCAUUGGAGAUCAGCUCCGAUUUCGAAUCGGAAAUUCAAUACAGGGACCUUCGAUACAGGGAACACGAGGAUCUACUUCGAAACGUGACGGAUGACGACGAGGCCGAGGGGGCCUCCACGUUGCACCGAGGAGACGCGACGAGGAACUCGACGGGAAACACCGGCGUGGCGACGAAGAAACCCACUACGAAAUUAUCGAGGACGGCCUCGGACACGAGGCGAGGGCAGGAAACGGAAGUGCCCCUUCGUGCGCACCCUAGGGUACAGCAAACUCGUGCAUUCCCACGGCCCAUCAUCACGAAAAAAGAUCAUCGGCAACAGCAACAACAGCAGAAGCAGCAGCAGCAGCAGCAACUGCUGCAACAGCAACAACAACAACGGCAGAGCAACGUGAUCAACAAUGCACUAAGGCCAUUGUCAGACAUCAUGCAGAAGAGUGGUCAAAAUGAAAAGGAGUUACAGACAGGGGAUGGCGUGGGAGUGUCGAGUAGCGGUGGUCGGCUCUCCUCGAGGAGUCGGACCUCGGAGGAGCCCCACAUUGGCAAGUACAAAUUACUCAAAACAAUUGGUAAGGGUAACUUUGCCAAGGUAAAACUUGCCAAACAUGUACCCACCGGGAAAGAAGUGGCUAUCAAAAUUAUCGACAAGACUCAACUGAAUCCCGGUAGCCUUCAAAAGUUAUUCCGGGAGGUAAGAAUAAUGAAGAUGCUCGAUCAUCCGAACAUAGUGAAGCUUUUCCAAGUGAUCGAGACGGAGAAAACACUGUACCUGGUUAUGGAGUAUGCUAGCGGCGGCGAAGUGUUCGAUUAUUUGGUUCUACACGGUCGAAUGAAGGAGAAGGAGGCGAGAGCUAAGUUCAGGCAGAUCGUGUCUGCCGUGCAAUACUGCCAUCAAAAAAAGAUUAUUCACAGGGACUUGAAGGCGGAGAAUCUGUUGCUCGACAGCGAGAUGAACAUCAAGAUCGCUGAUUUCGGCUUUAGCAAUGAAUUCACACCGGGCAACAAGUUGGACACCUUUUGUGGAUCGCCGCCUUACGCAGCACCCGAACUUUUUCAGGGUAAAAAGUACGACGGACCCGAAGUAGACGUCUGGUCGUUGGGAGUAAUAUUGUAUACUUUAGUGUCCGGUUCGUUGCCCUUUGACGGCUCGACCUUGAGGGAACUAAGGGAAAGGGUGUUGAGAGGAAAAUAUCGGAUCCCGUUUUACAUGUCCACCGAUUGCGAAAACCUUUUGAAAAAGUUUUUGGUGCUCAACCCGACGAAACGGGCUUCUUUAGAGACUAUAAUGAAAGACAAGUGGAUGAACAUGGGAUACGACGACGACGAAUUGAAACCGUACUUAGAACCUGAACCAGAUUAUAAAGACCACAAGAGGAUAGGUGAGUCUGCCAAGGCCCUGGCUAGCAUGGGAUACACGAGGAGCGAAAUCGAAGAUUCGUUAGGGCAAGCAAAGUACGACGACGUGUUCGCCACAUACUUAUUGUUAGGAAGAAAGACGACCGAUCCUGAAUCGGACGGUUCGCGGUCAGGCAGUUCGUUGUCGCUGCGCAACAUUCCACCGCAGGCUGGUUCGGGCGGCGGCGGAGGAGGCGGAGGAGGAGGAAGCGGAGGAGGAACAGGUGGCGCGGUGCAAAGCCCGUCUCACAGAGGUGUUCACAGAAGUAUUUCCGCUAGCAAUCCAAAACCGAGUAGACGAGUUUCGUCCGGUCUUGAAACGCUUCGAACAGCACCGAGUCCAGGAAACGCAACGAACCAUAAUCACGCGACUGCUACAACCGGCGGCACCGUGACUGGAACCAGCGGUAGUAAUUUUAAACGACAAAAUACCGUGGACGCGGCCACGAUCAAGGAGAACAGUGCUCGUGUAUCCGCGAGCCGACCCUCGGCUCCUAAAAACAGUCCAGGCCAAUUAGAUACCAUGACAAUGUUCAUUCUAGGCGUGGGUACAAGUCCCGGUGGUAGGGGAUGGGCAGGAAAGAGCAACACGAUGAAUGCAGGGGUAGGUGGUGGUCGGCCACUCACCUCACCUGCCCCUGGUUCUGUUGGUCGACGUAGUACCAUCUCUUACGAUCAAGCAAAAACGUCCUCCUCGUCUACCGAAAGAACCAACGACGCACCCAGCCUGGGCGAGGGCACUAGACCAACGCGGGGUCACACCAAGUCUGCGAGCAUCAGCGCAGGUCACCGUUCCUCGACUGGCGUACCCCCCAGCGACCAUUCACUACUGGACCCACAACCACGCAACGCCCACAACUCCUUACUCGCCACUGCUGACCCUCUUAGACAGAGCUUGGGCGUGUCUCCAAGCAAUAGACUGGCAACACCUACAACACCAGCAUUUCCUCGAAAUGUUCCAAGCCGUAGCACGUUCCAUUCUGGCCAGAACAGAGCUCAGCGAAAUCAUACUCAGGGUCACACGCAUACACAGGAUACGAAUGCAAUUAGCCCACUAGCGAGACCGUCCUUCUUCUCGAAAUUAUCCUCGAGGUUCUCCAAACGCCCCAUGGACCCAUCCGUACCCCCCAAGCACCCAGUAGUGAGCGGAGCAACCACUAACGAUGAGCAGGUUAAACCACGCAGUCUACGUUUCACAUGGAGUAUGAAAACUACGAGUAGUCGAGAUCCGAACGAAAUCAUGUCCGAAAUUCGAAAGGUAUUGGACGCCAAUAAGUGUCAGUACGAACAGCGCGAAAGGUUCCUGCUGCUGUGCGCGCACGGCGACGCGGCGACCGACAGUCAAGUACAAUGGGAAAUCGAAGUCUGUAAACUGCCACGACUUUCUUUGAACGGCGUACGGUUCAAACGCAUCUCAGGCACGUCGAUCGGUUUCAAAAACAUUGCCAGCAAGAUAGCGAACGAGCUCAAGCUGUGACUGCCGACAACAGGCGCUCUAGCCGCCCGCGCCAACCCAUAACGCCCUCGUGAUCGAUGACACGGACUCGGGUCUGAAAGCGUUCACUUUCACUAUUACUUCUUCUGGGACGAAUCCUCCUCAUCCUCCACCACUUCCGCUUCGAUUUCCGAUUCCCAGUCGUUCAAGUCCGACACCGAUUCCUGUUCCCAAUCCGAAUCCGAUCCGAACAGAGAGAUCUUCGUUUAACCAGAAUCAUCCCGAACCCAGGUGAACCCAGUCGAACGGCGAAAGUAACGUCAGCCGAGCUGAGCUGAGCUAUAAAGUUCACACCGAUCGCACACCGAUCUACAAACGCGUAACAAUCGUGCCCCGGCUUCCGGAUAUUAGGUACUGGAACACUGUGAUUCGAUACGAUUGAACCGCGUAUUCAACAAAUACUCUCGAGUGCCAAAACGAAACUGGGAUCGGUUCUCGAUAUCACGACCGAACGCGAGAUGAUGGACAGGAAGAAAGGAAGGAAAGACACGACAGUGGCAGGGAGGGACAGCACAAGCGAGGGAAAUGUUUAAACACACGGCAAGAGGAGAGAACGGACCGCGAUUAAUCGAGUUAAUUGUUUGAUAUUCCUUUCCGUUUGUACGAAGAACGCCGUCACGACCGAACGGAAAAGUAUUGAAAAUCGUGCUUGUACACCGUCGUACUCCCUCUUUCUCUAUUUCUCUCUUUGUACUCUAUCGAAACGAGCAUCGGCAAGUUGCAAGAACGCUUCGUAUUUGCAGUAUUAAGUUUUCCAGACGGUUUUCUUGGGGUGGUCGGUGAAGUAAAGGAAUUCGCGUUUUGCGCUUCAACUGUGUCUAACGAAGCUUUUCUGUACAAAGAGGAAAGAACGGGUGGGAAUAAAGGGGGAGUGGAUGGAAAAGAAACGUGUUCGUUGAGAAAAUAAUAUACAUAGAGGGACACUCGUAGCCGAUGGAAACGAUCAUUGAUCGUUCGAUCGAACGCGUGUAUCAUCGUGCAGAACACACCUACAACGUGAACAGUCUUUCUUUUUCGUAACGUUGUCUUUUUCGAAAAUACGUUUUAUAUCUGUAAGGAAGCACUUAAGGAGACAAGCGGUCUGUUUGUACAUAAUCGAUCAAAACUACUCGAGAAAGUUGUAAAGGAACACGCAUAAGAAAAUGAAACAAAAUUCUACUCGUCUAAGUACUAUCCUUUACACAACUAUUAAUUAUUAACAACUCAUCGUUCGUCGAACGUUGAAUGAAACUCAACAACGUGAAAUGUAAUAACGCGAGCGAACUAGCAUUGCACGCGCCGAACCAUUUACUCUUUCAAAUAUUUUUAUGAUACUUUACUUUUUUUAUCUACGUUAUAAGUUUAAAACUAUGCAACACAACUAUAGGCGGUUAGCCAAUUAAUUAAUGUCUAAUGAUUAUGAUGAUGAUGAUGAUGAUGAUGAUUAUUAUUAUAAUUAUUUUUAUUUUUAUUAAUAGCGUAUAAAUAAUAUUACGACACAAUAUUAAACAAGAAAGAGGAGGUGAUAGGAAGAUAUAUUAAAAAAAAAAAAAAAGGAGCUAUUAAUUAACGUUAAAUUAAAGAUUGUCAUCGUCGUCGUCGCCGCCGUCGUCGAACGAUUCUUAUUCGUAUCUAAAUAGUACGAUUAAAGACGCAAGUGUACUUUUUGCUCCGAAUGAAUUCCGACAGUGUAUACCUAGGAGAUAAUGCACGCGCGCACGACACAUCGUCGAUUACGAGAUCUGUUAUUUCUACGAAGGAUACCGUGUAAGAUUAUAUAUUUAAGUAAUGUAAUUGGCUAUACGCUGUUACGCUAUUUAAUCUUUUAUUCGCAGAUGUAUUCGCGGUUGAAUCAACUUAAAUUAGAAUUAUUGUAAAUGUAGAGGCGACUAGAGACAAACUUGGUGUAUAUACAUAAUAUAAUAUUCGAAGGUACUAAAUUAACCAAAUAAAUGAAGCCUCACACCAAGAAACGCGAACAAGAUGGUCAAAUGAAAACGAGAUAAAUAACGAAUGAACACGGGUGAAGAGGAACGACACGGUGAGACGAACAAAGUAAAGAAAGAGAGUUAACAAAAUGAAGGAAAGAGUAAAGUGAACUAAAAAACACACACAAAGGAAUGAUACAAAAAAAAAAAGAAAAAAAAAGAGAAACUUCGGGACUCGAGUAUAUAUCACAAUCUUUUUAUAUUUGCCUAAGAUUAAUCGAAUACAUUACACGUUAGGCGAUUACUAAUUUAUUUAAAUAAAUAUAAAACUCGAAUGAUUUUUUCACGUUUCUAACACGCAUACACACAGACACAUAGAAAGAAAAAUCACGUCGAUUGAAAUGUGAUCUUCUUUUCAGAAACAUUACAAACGACCGAUACACAAUUAUACUAAAUACUAUAAAAUAAUCUAAUCGGAGCUGUGUUCGUUCACACGCAAAAAGCAAAGACCACCGAGACGGGAAUUUUUGAUUCACAGCGAACUGUUUUUUCACGUACCAGGUGCAUCGAAAUUUCCUUUCGUUACCAUUUAACGAAAACGACGAGGAUAUCCUUUUGAUUAAUCGUCGAUGAAAUUCGGCAUCGUUCUCGAUCCGAAUUCCGCAACGUCGAACGCGAUUUCGAGCGAAAAACGGACGCGCAAAAUUCAAAGCGAAUCGAAUUGCCGCGCAGGCUAUUCGAAUGCUUCUCUUUCGUUGAUUCCUUUAUAAAUGAAAGUAUAGAGAAAGGAAACAUCGACAAGGAGAAAGAAAGAAAAAAUCAAUGAAGGAAGGAAAAGAAGAAGAAGAAGAAGAAGAAGAAGAGGAAUUCCUUUGGGUACAAUGUAUGCGCGUUACUGCGAUCGCGCCUCGAAAUAACACCACUAUGUGUAUUAAUUGAAAACGUGGUCGUCGUUGAAAAAAGAAAGAAAAGAAAAAAAAAUUAAUAACGAAAGACACACGACACACUGUAGAAAGAUUUAUCUUUACGAUAGCGGUUACGAAUUAAUGUUACAAAGUAAGAUCCUUCGAUAGCAUUAACAGUAUAUCCCUGUAAAAGAUGCAAGUAGUUGAGAAAACAAUUCUCCACUGUAACGAUAUAAAUACGCAUUCACCGUACAUUCAUUCGUUCGUUCGUUCGCUCGCUCGCCGUUUGCUUGCUUCAUCAAAAUACAUGUGUAAAUUGAUCAUCAAUGCUUACCGAGAAAUGGACAUGUUUAACGAAGUUAGGAGUGACUCGAUAAGUAUUGUAAGAUCCGAUGGAUUUUCAAGAUCUUUAAAACAAAAAAAAAAACAAAAAAUGAGGGCUGAACGGAUGACAUAAGACACCUUAACGAUUCGAGAAACGGCGGGCGCACGCUUUGGUCGCGUCGCGUUUGCCCGCGUGUUGCACCGCAUCGGCGAACAAACUUUUGUGAUUUUUAUUUUAUUUUGUAAGUAGUAAAAGGGAUAGCGAAACACAGGAAUAUCCAAGUCCGAGUCUGAUCGGAUCAGGUCCGGUUCCGUCAUCCAUCCAGCUGUAUCACUUCGCCCUGCACGCGCCCGCGCGCGCAAUACAUACACGUGACAAUUUGUAGAUAGGUACGUACAUACAGCUUUGCUAAAUGUUUUCUGGUGAUCGGUAUCUAGCCAACAAAAUGUAGCAGAAACGUUUAUAAUAAAAUGGUGACACACGUUGUUUCCCAAUUAAGAUUCCUUUCGAAAUUGUACGCGCGUAAUGGAAAGAGACUAAGUCAAAACGCACCAACUACCAGUUUACGUAUAUAUUUUAUUUUCAUUUUGAUUUGUACGUUCGCAUUUUAGUUGCGAAUAACAAGACCCGUACUUCAACGAUAUUUUAAUUAAUGAAUGUCGAACGAACGCGCCAUUUUUAUAAAAUCUCGUUCAAACAAUGUAACAUUACCGCUUAGUCAAAUAUGAAAUUAUUAAACUUCGUUUCCACAUGA